AUGUCAAUACAAAUUCCUCACGCGGCGAAACGCCUACGAUUGGCUAGCCAGAGGAGCUGGGUAUGCUCAGAAUGUAGCAGAAGGACGUUCGCAUCUACGACAUGGCGAGGACAGCAGCCACAGCAGCCACAGGAGCGGCCAGGACAAGACAAGACGACACAUUUCGGAUUCGAAACCGUGGCCGAAUCAAUGAAGGCAUCGAAGGUGGGCGCCGUCUUCUCGUCCGUGGCGAGCACAUACGACACGAUGAACGACCUCAUGUCUCUCGGCAUCCACAGACUAUGGAAGGACCACUUUGUGCGCUCGCUCAACCCUGGAGUUCGUACAAUCACAUCGCCGAACGCGCAGAAAGGGCAGAGGAUAUUGGACAUUGCUGGUGGCAGUGGUGACAUUGCCAUUCGCAUGCUUGACCACGCCACAAACAUCAACCGAGACCACCACACACACGUAACGAUAUCCGACAUCAACCCCGACAUGCUCGCGGAAGGCCGAAAGCGCCUGUCUGCCACGGCAUAUCAGAGCGCCGGUCGAGUGGAUUACCUCGAAGCAAACGCAGAAGAGCUGGAUGCGAUUGAGAGCAAUAGCAUCGACCUAUAUACUGUCGCCUUUGGCAUCCGCAACUUCACGCACAAGGAUCGCGCUCUUAAGGAGGCGUUCCGGGUUUUGAAGCCGGGAGGCGUGUUCGCGUGCCUGGAAUUUGCGCCGCAACUUUCCAAUCCAAUCAUGAAUGGCUUGUAUAAGAGAUGGUCGUUCAGUGCAAUUCCGUUGAUUGGACAGAUCGUGGCUGCUGACCGCGACAGCUACCAGUAUCUCGUGGAAAGCAUUGAAAAGUUCCCAUCGCAGCCGGAGUGGGCGAAGAUGAUACGAGAAGCAGGGUUCCUAAUCCCGGGGCAUGACAAUGGAGAAGGUCCAUUGGAAAGCGGUUGGGAGAACCUGAGCAUGGGAAUCGCAGCGAUUCACAAAGGCAUCAAGCCGUUGUAG